GUUUGAGUCGUCAGCAAUCAUCUAAUCUUUAGUGAGUUAUUCGAAACAGGCUCGUUCAGUUUCUCAAAGCACUCAUUGAUUCGUGUAGUAGAAAGACGUGUCGCGAUAUUUAACGUGCACUCAUCAAGAACACAGACCGCCAUUGUUAUGGUUUGACAGUCAGGUGGUUUCAACGUAUUCAUUCAUAAUUUCGUCUUUUGAAAAAUAAGUCCUUACAUUCGCGUAAAUAUUUGACGUUCUUUACCUUUGACUUUUAUCCCAUUAUGUUGCCGUCGCGAUCGUCAAAUGUUUCAGUUUCGCCAUCCGUCGCAGCGAACAAUGUUUCGGGAGCUACUGUGAGCACUCUUCAGGAUAAUCCGUCGUCCGAGGGUUCUGGUGCUAUCGAAGUUGUAAAAAAACCUAUUCAACUGGACAAAAGUGAAAUUAAUGAAACAGUAACUAAAGUUCUGCAGGGUUAUGAUUGGGCGACUAUGGUACCCAUUGCCUCCAAGGCUGCAUCAGACAAGAAAAAAUUACAUGUUAAGAGACCGAUGAAUGCAUUCAUGGUGUGGGCACAGGCUGCCAGAAGGAAAUUAGCAGAUCAAUAUCCACAACUACACAAUGCUGAACUAUCGAAAACAUUAGGGAAAUUAUGGAGGCUCCUCAACGACGCAGACAAAAAACCUUUCGUGGAAGAGGCGGAACGUUUGAGAGUGAUACAUAAAAGGGAACAUCCAGAUUAUAAAUACCAACCAAGAAGAAGAAAGCAGAAUAAGGGACAUGAAGGCCUAACACAAACUUCUCAUGGCCAAAAUGUCACAUUUUCGAAAAACUUGAAGCAAGAAGAUCCUCUGGGCAGUCCUAGAAGUCGCACGUCAACAUCUCCAUCCAGUUGCUCUUCACAACCGCAAAGCCCAAACCAAGUUUUCCGAUGUUUGGAGCAGCAUAAUAUAGAUUUCAAUAUCGCGCGAUUGUCUGAAAUAGAUAAUGGUUACAUAGCAGAAGAUGGUGUUGACAGUAGUGAUUUUGAUCAGUAUUUAUCUUCAGAAAGUAACAGUCACUAUUCCGGGUAUCCUAGUUAUAAUAAAGAGGAUGACGAAACUAACAAUAAUCAGAAAAGUAAGAGAUUAUGUGUUGAAAAUUUCUCUACCCAGCAUUCAAAUGAGACCUUCGAAGAGGGUGUCCAUUCAUCUUACACAAGGUACCAUGAACUACAACCCAGUGGGGUGAAAUCGGAAAGAUUUCUUCCUCCAGCUUCGUCAGUGUAUAAUUACCAAAGCAGCAUGUCCAUUACACCCCCUACAACAUACUACAGUAACAAUCAGUAUUUACAGUCUUACCAGUACCUUCCACAGCGGCCAGUUUUCGGGAACGGUUCUCUGAGUGGUUUUGGAGUAGAUGGUUCUACAGAAACUUGGAAUCACUAUUCUAUGUGAACAGUGAAUCAAGUGAUAUACAUAAAUAAUGAUUAUGGACAAUUGAAAUAAUGCGGCAGCUGAUUUUUUCGAAAUGAUCUUAUCAACUUUAUGGAUGGUAAAUCUCAUUUAUUUUAGUGAUAAAUCUCUUUCAAGAAUCUCGAAAUAUCGAAAGAAUAUAAGAUCAAUUGUUGAGAGAUUGAAUGUUACAGUUGAUACUUCACAGGAAACAAAGAAUCAGAAUAUUGUAUGGUGCUAAAAAUGGCAUCUUCACAUGCAUCAAAUGUACUUCAGUUUAAUGACAUCAAUAUUAGAAUCAUUGGUUCCUCUCAAGAAUCUAAAUUUCAGUUUAUUCAGAAUCGACAAUAUUAUUUCGAGUUUCGUUAUCAAAUAUUUCGAAGUCAUUUUGAUCUAUUAUUUCCAUUGAAAAGACUUCAUCAUGUUCUAUGGAAUCUUUAAGAUUGUAUAAGAUUUUUCAAUAUUUCCGAGAAGUUUACUUUUGUUUUUAUAUUUUUCCAAUGAGGAAGAAAUUCUGUUAGAAAGCAGACACUCAGUGUUUGUGAUAUUUUUAUGUUUAUUAUGGAUUUAUGUCUGUAGACGUUAUUUAAAGUGUGAUUUUAUACUCUAUUCGCAAAUGUACAAAUAGUUUAUGUUAUUGCUGUAAAUUUGGCGUUUUAUUAAGGUAGUGUAGUAAGGAAGUUCUGAUAUUGAAUAAGGAUAAAAAAUGGCAAUUAUCGACAAUUUUAUACUAACAAUAAAUAUUUUUCUAGCUA